AUGGGAACAUUGCAUAUAAUGAAAAUUCGCACCAUACCUCAUAUUUUGUUAUUCAUUUGGACUUUUACAUAUACAGAAGCAUUUUUUCCUAACCCAUACGGACAAUAUGUUGGUAAAGAUGACUUUACCCACGCAGAAAUAACAGAAAUUGGAAUUCUGAAAGCAGUAGCAGCCUUUUAUGAAGAAACACCGCUUACUCCUGGAGGAUCAACACCAAGCUCUGGUUCGUUGACGGGAAUCCAAGACAUUACUGCUAAGAAGCUAUACGAUAAGGUUUACGCAGGUUCAAGAUCACCGAGGCGCUUACAGGAUGCAAUUGACAACAUUGUCAGUUACAACAACAAAGUUGACCAGGAUCACCACAACGUAGCAGCGUGGCAUUUCAACGGCGAACAGAUAGAACAAAGUAACUUAAAGCUUCAGGGUAUACGUACACAACUUCUAUCGGAACUACACAAGCAUAAUCCUAAUUAUGAAUUAUCACGACAACUUAUUGGGCAAUUUUUACAUAUUUUACAAAUGUUUUACUCAAAUACCAACUGGAUUGAAGAGAACGGCGCAAAUAAAUAUCCCGCUGUCGGUAUGACAGGAGUAACAUUAUUACCAACUGCAGGUUCCAACGACGACGCUUGUAAAAGUUGUUCAGGAGUUUGUGUAUUCAAUAUAAUCUUGCCGAAAAAGCAGUUUUUGACAAGCGGUUAUAAAUCAGGACAAGACAUUCAAAAGCCAUACAAGGACCCAAAAGCCAAUACAAAGGGCAAAUGUAGCCAUGGAGGACCAACUGACAACACCACAACUACAAGCGCAGCGACGGGUGGAAUAAAUAAAGAUUCAAAAGUCCCUGAUAGGUCUCCGCAUUUUUAUAAACAUACACAAGCAGCUCAAACAGCUAUUGACCAUACUGUGUACUUCUUUAACGACAACACAAAUGGGAUACGGCAUUUGAUUAGUAAAGAAAAGUUCAUGAAUCUGCUACAAUUAGACUCUAGUUACUCCUUAGUUUUUGUAAUCGACACGAGUGGAUCAAUGGUUUCUGAUUUACCAACGAUCAUACAAGAGUCAAAAAGUAUUAUACAGACUGCCAGUACAGUUUCCAAUGCACCAUCUAAUUAUAUACUUGUUACGUUUAGUGAUCCAGAACUGUUCUAUGGCAGAACUAUCAGAGUCAGUUUUAUGGUAGAAAUGUCAAAACCUGAAGGAUAG